AUGGACCCAGACGCCGGCAUUCCCGUCGAGCCCGCGCCUUCCGUCUUCAACUACGUGCUCUCCUUCCUACUCGUCGGCGUCGCAUGGGGCUUCACAACCCCCUUUAUCCGCCGCGCAGCAGCGGACUUCAACGCCCGACAAGAGAAGCAAGCAAACGGAUCGAAACCCUCACGGCGUUCCAGAGGACGGUCACAAGAUGUACCACAAACCGGCUUCACAGACGCGGGCGAGGAACAGGAAUUGCUCUCUCGGGAGGAAGAAGACCGUGACUCGGGUGACGAGGAUGGUGUGCGGAGGCGGAGUACGAGUCGCAGUGAUCUGAACCGGAAAACAAAGUCUGCGGGCGCAGACACGGGUCUGGAUAGUGGGGUUGCUGGACAGAGUGCGAGUCGCGAUACGAUGGAAGAUAGGGAAGGCGCACAUGAGGACCAAGACGAUCUACCCACGCCGGCGUGGAGACGUGGAGCUCCUGUGAAGCAGUCAUGGCUGCGGGCGAAGAUUGUUUCUGUUUUCUGGACGGUUGUGAAUCUGCUUCGCACGCCUGCUUAUUCGAUUCCCUUGGUUAUUAAUCUCACGGGCAGUAUUUGGUUCUUUUUGCUUGUUGGGAAACAUGAACUCUCUUUGACAGUGCCGCUUGCAAACUCGAGUGCGUUCUUGUUUACUGUUCUUGGGGAAUGGUAUGUUGACCGCAAGGUGAUCGCGAAGGAGACAUGGUUGGGGAUGGGGCUCGUACUUGGAGGGAUUGCAUUAUGUGUGCAUUCUAAGAACCAGGCUUCUUGA